AAAGGCUUGGCUGGCAGCGUGUUACUGGUUUUCCAAAAGACAGAGCACAUGCCCAAAACAAAUUUGGUUUAAGCUUGGUUUCGGUUGGGUGAAUUGUAAUACAGAAGAAGAAGAAGAAGAAGAUGAGUACGUCGGAACCCCAUAUGGAGAAUUUAUUGAAUCAGAAGAAGCGUAUCAAGAACCCUCUCGUUCCCGUUGGUGCACUUAUGACUGCAGGAGUGCUGACAGCUGGCCUAGUUAGUUUCAGACAAGGGAAUUCUCGGUUAGGUCAGCUUCUCAUGAGAGCCCGUGUGGUUGUCCAAGGUGCUACAGUUGCACUCAUGGUUGGCACUGCUUACUAUUAUGGGGAAAAGAUGUAAUGGUUGUGGGCAGUUGAGAUAACGACUGUAAAAAUGUUCUCCUGUUUCUUUUUUGGUCUUGCUCCAUUAUUUAAUAGGUGGCUCUUAGAUGGUAAAGUAUCAUACUCCUUAUCAGGAAAUUUGGAUGUGACUUUUGCAACUUCAUUUUAAGCAAAUGUUUAUUGCGCCUGUUGGAGCUCCAAACACCCAUGCAUAUUUAUUUGCUUUAAUCCCAUUGUUUUGCUAUGGAAACGAAGAUAGAAUGAAGCAGAGUUUAAAAGGUACUGUGUACCAGGAUUGAUUGGUAUGGAUAAGAGUCCUUAUUGUUAUACUCCAACAUAUAGAUCUUAUUGUUCUGCUGAAUAAAUUGCUUGCUUUCUUGUUA